AUGCAGCCAUCAGCGUUCUAUUCGCACUACGCCGCCCACCUGCUCGCCGAGGCCAACGCAACUGUUGAUGAUGGGCAGGAGGCGGCGGCGAAGGAGACGAGCAGCUUCAAGCGGGCCUUCUUGACGCGCUGCGAGCGCGACCUUCGCUGGGAGCGCAAGGAGUACUCCACACAACGCCUCCACAUCUCCCUCGGAGAGUGGGACUUUAGCGUGCGCGGCGUCGCUAUCGCUCCCACGAACAAGGACGUGUUUUCUGUGGCCGCGUACGACGGAAUUGCUCGCGUGUUCAAGAACGGGAAGAAGCUCUCAUCUGUUGCUGUGCCGAAAAAGCGAGACAUCUCCGCCAACCUCAACUCCACUCGAUGGACCUGUGGCGGUGCCAAGGUGGCGUUCGGCUCCCACUGCAAGAGCUUGUUCGUCUACGACGCCGAGACGAUGCACCUCCACCGUUCGUACCACGACGCUUUCUUCGGCGGCAGCGACCGUGCUCCCUUGGGCAGCAACAACGCCACGCUCACCGUGUUUGAUUUGCGUAGCGCCGAGCCCGUCAAGCAAUGGAAUCCGCACCGAGGCACGGUGAGGGACGUGUGCUUUGUGGAGGGCGCCGGGUUUGGCAUCAAGGCCAAGUGGGCCGUGAGCGACUUUGACGCGGGCGUCAGUAGGCUCAGUUUCCAAUUCAAUAAUGAGCUAAGACAACACGGCUACUACAACGGCGCCUACGCGGUGGCCAUGCCUCCGCCCUACUUUGGCCUCUCGCGCCACAAAGCCGACUACGAUCGCAACCGCUUUGUGUUGGCUGGCGGCGUGGGCUCUGCCGCCUCGUUCUCGCCCGAUGGCACGCGCCAAGAGAUGAUCUGCAUUCCGGGCGUCGAUGAGCAUUUCUGGAAGAUGCGGUACAACUCGAACGGUACGCUGAUGUUUCUGGCGACAGACAACGAUACGCUGGAGCUGUUCCGCCGCAAUCCCGAUGGAACGCACAGCCAUCUUCACACCAUCGUCCGCCACAAGGACGACAUCGAGGACUGCGACAUCGCUCUCGACGAUUCCUACGUGGUCACAGCUUCUCAGGACGGCACGGUUGCGUACAUCACGCUCAACACUUGA